CUUUAAGCUCCAGUGUGACCAUGAUUUAGUUACACGUGUUUCGUGACGUUUUACACAGGAAAUGAUUGUUUGACAGUCUGGCAUUUAUUUUUGUUUUCUUAAAAGAGAAAAUAUGAGACGAGCACAUGCAGGCAAUGAAGGGGGUUAUUAUCAACCCACUGCACAGAUGCUGGAGUCAGAGAAUGAUCGCAUGGAACAGGAGUUAUCAGGAAAAGUGAAGGCCCUAAAAUCUUUAUCAAUUGACAUUGGAAAUGAAGUGCGAGAGCAAAAUAAAUUCCUAGGUGAAAUGGAUGAAGAUUAUGACAAGUCAGGGAAUCUUUUGCUGGCCACAAUGGGCCGAUUAAAAGCCAUCACAAAGUCCGGGGGCCCCAAACUCUGGUGUUACAUGCUGUUGUUUUGUUUAUUUGUCUUCUUCUUGAUAUGGGUGAUAGUGAGGUUUCGAUGAUAGUCAGUCAAUCAGCAUAAUGUUACUUGUUUAGAAUUGUUGCCAAAUCUACAUACAUAAAUGUGUAAACAGUUUUACAUCUUAUGAUGUACAAAACACUAACAUGUCCAUUUCUUGUAAGAGAACAGAAUCAUUCAUUUUUUGGUUGUUGUUUUUUAGAUGUUUCAUUUUAUUUAUUAUCAGUACUAAGAAUUGAGCCAUUUCUCAUAUGGAUAUGAGAUUUUGUUGAACAUUGCAUUUUCAAUAUUCAAAGGUUCAAUAUAGUAUAUUGUAGAUGUAUUUAUUUCAAAUUUAUCCAUUAGUUUAUUGUAUGUGCAUUAAUAUGUAAAUUGUGGAUGUUGAUUGUUUCACCAAUACUGCUUUAUACAUAGUCAUGUAUGAAUAAUUAGAGAGGAAAAGUUGCCUCUGAAGGUUUUUUGAUUUUCUGUUCAUUGAUGUUUUCCUUUAUUUUAAUAAUCCAUAUUCAUUCUUAUCAUAUCAUCAGCUUUUAGAGUAACAUAUGAUGUAUCAAUAAGCUAUUGGGGAAACGAAAUUGUUUCAUGGAUUUAUGUGAGAUCAGUAAAAUGAUUCUGUAUUACCAGAAUUAUAACCAUGCAGAGAUAAAACUAUAUAGUGUCAAUGCCAAGAUUGUUAGAGUUACAUGUAAAUGUAUUUCAAGUUUAUUUUUCUCAUUGAUAAAUGUUUAUUAAAUUAGUAACAUGACUGCAUGCUUGCUAAUAUUGUAGGUACAUGUAUAUAAAACUAUUUGAAUUUUGAUCAACAACUUUAAAAAUUAUAUCUUGCUGAAAAAUCUGCUUGAUGUAAGUAUUUUAAUGUAACAAAAACUAUUAGUUGUUUACAUUCAUAAGCUUGAAGAACACUUGUAUAUCUUUUUCACCAACAUGUAAGAAAUGAUGUGUACUUUCAUUUGACAUGUCAUUGUAUACCAGUGUAUAUGAUUAAAACACUCUAGUCAGGUGAAAUGUACAUGUAAUGUCAUUAAAUACAGUGGAUCUCUAUUAUAACAUAUUGUAUUACCAAUACAAAGAAUCAAAUGUGAGAUGAUCAUUAUAAAGUUGAAAUUUAAAUAGACAAAGUCACUAGAUCAAGGUGCAUUCAGAAAUUUAUUUAGACCAAGUGACAGGGUUACUUUAUAAAUUUCAUUAAUAGAUGACACUAGUAGAUCAUCUUUUUUCUAUCACAUUCCAUUGGAAAUGCCACCCUUCUUUGUGUGCAUGGAUGACCAUCUCUGUUAAAAAAGAGUAUUUUUACCUUCUAAUAAAUACACAAUGCAUGUAUAGUAAAUAAAUAUGCACAACGUGUGCUUUAUUUUGAGACUGAAAGUAAAGGGUUUAAGAAGGUUGGAUCGUCAACAAUUGCAUAUUAACAAUCAAUGAUUUGCUUAACUCUAAACUAUUAUUUUUAUACAUUUUACCUUUUAAAGGACUAUAUAUGGUUUGAGCCUAAAAUGGCCCCCUAAAAUGAACAUUGUCAUUUUACUGUAAUUCUUUGUUUUAUUUGUACAAAUAUACAUUUGAAGAUUUUCAUGAUUUUCAUUUUGUUUUUAGUGCCCACAAUUUAAAAAUAUGACAUCAUAAAGUUUACCUUUUCCCGCCAUUUUCUCAUUUUUAGCAUAAAAAGGCUUGUUUUGAGGCAGUUUUUCUUUAAGGAAACAUUGAGCGACAACUUGAACAAGCAAACUAUUUUCACCAAAGAUGUAUCUUUCCAAUACUUAUAAGUGACAAAAAGUUCGUUCUUGUUCAAAGAGUCGCUCUAUAUUUCCCAUUUGAAAAAAGAUGAGAAAAAUGUCAAUUUUUGGUUGAUUUUGAUUGAAUUAUAAAAAUAGCGUCACUUCUGAUGUCAUAUACUGCCAGCGAGUGCAUAUGAAUCAAAUAAAUUGGUGAAAAACAUAUUUCAUGUCAACUCUUUUAUAAAAUAACACAACAAGUUAAUGUACCUGAGUCAUUUUAAAAAUAGCGAAUUUUUGGGGCCAAAGAACUAUAUAUGAUUAGAGUUAAAUUUGGCCCCCAUAAUUCGCCAUUUUUAAAGUGUUUCGGGUACAAUAAAAUGUUUACUAAUUUUUUAGAAGAGUUGAUAUAAGAUAUAUUUUUCAUCUAUUUAUUUGAUUUAUUUGCACACACUGGCAGUAUAUGACGUCAGAAGUGACGCCAUU